CCGAAACUUUCUCGUUCGGCAUAAUUUCUAGCAUUUAUUUUCACUCAUCCAGUUGAUCCGGCGUGUAAAACCGUGUGGUGAUAAGAAGUACGUGUGAAAUCGUUUGUAUUUAAUCAGCUUUAGUCGCGUCAGCCAUCCAGAUACAUUAUGCCUGUCGAUAUUCUUGGGUUUGCGUAUGCCGCCACCGUCGCAGCCGGCGGCAUUGUAGGGUACGCCAAAGCAGGUUCCGUACCCUCGCUGGCGGCCGGUCUGACCUUCGGCGCUCUGCUCGGCUAUGGUGCAAUGCUGUCCUCUGAUGAGCCACCGCGUCCGCUUUUGCAGAUUGGCACAGCACUGGUGCUGGCCGGCAUGAUGGGUUCCCGGUGGGCCCGGUCCGGCAAGUUCAUGCCGCCCGGAUUGAUCUGUGUUAUUUCUUGUGCAAUGCUCGCCCGCGGCCUUAUCUACCACAAUCGCUAUCUGCCAAUGCUUGGCGCAAAGCAUGCCUAACUCACACACUGUCCUGCAUUUUCGGUGAAAUAUGCAUUUAUGCAAGCGUUGCAAACAACCGCCGGAAGGUCGUCGGGUCUAUGAAGGUGGGACAAGUGAAGCUAAUAGUAAAAGGUACGGAGUAAUGGUGGUGGGCUGCCGAGGCGCAAUAAAUGUCU